AUGCCGUCGCUUACUGGGGACGGGAGCGGCCGGGUCGCGUCGCUGACGAGCCUGUGCCUCGAGGCGAUGGUGGCGGCCUGGGAGUCUCACGGCGUGACCAGCGGCGGGGGCGGCGGCGGCGGCGGCAGGGGGGGGUACUUGCCCGGGGCGUACCACAUGCCUCACGAGCUGUGCGCGCGGCUGCUGCGGCUGCUGGUGUCGUCCAAGAAGCUCACGGCUUUCACCCUGUCAGGAUUCUUGAGCCCCGCCGCCUUGGAGGUGGACCUCUCCGGCUGCUCUUACGUCCCGAAGAGCGUCUUCAAGCAGCUGGGCUUCAGCUGCCCUCGGAUCGUUCACCUCAACCUCAGCAUGUGCUCGCAGGUGAACAACGCCAUCGUGCGGAGCGUGCUGCAAGGCUGCUCGGCCCUUCGGCAGCUCUACCUGGACGGGUGCAGGCACGUGACGGACGCGGGCUUCCACCUCCAGCAGUCGCCUUUCUACGUCCUCCUCGGAGCCGUUUCGCUCGAGACCAUCAGCGUCCAGGGCUGUCCGCAGGGCUUGCCGGCGAUCGACAUGGGCGUGGCCGUCGCUCCGUCGAGCGCCAUAGUCGGCCCUCCGAACGAAGACCUUCCUCUCUCUGGAUCACGCCCGGUCUCGCCGCAACCCCAGGCCCUCCACGGCAACGCCGCGGCAACAGCAGCAGCGGGGGACGGGAGAUUUGGGAUGCAGGAUGAGCGGCAGCGGCAUCAGCCGGACGAUGGUGGACUACCGUUUCUGCCGUCUGCUGCUGCUGCUUGCGCCGCUGGUGGUGGCGUCACCGUCACGGUCCCGGUAGCGCCAAUGUCGUCGUCUUCGUCGCUGCCCUCGCUGCGGCACCUCAACCUAGGCCGUUGCAGGGGAGUAACGGACCUCGCGCUUGCCAGGGUCGCCGGAGCAUUUUCGGCACUGGAGGGGUUGCACCUGGAGCACUGCCUCGGAGUGACGGACGCCGGGGUCGCCGCGCUGUCUGCAGGCUGCCGAGGGCUUAGGGCCCUGGGCCUCAGGAACUGCGGGCAGAUCACCGACAGCGCUCUGGAGGCGUUGUCCGUGCGCUGCCCGUCGCUGGAGUGGUUGGAUGUGUCGUGGUGCGGAGGUGUGACAGACCGGGGUUUCGAGCGGCUCGCGGAGGGAUGUCCGGGGCUUGAGGAGGUGGAAGCGGUCUGGUGCGAGGGCAUCACCGACGCGACCCUCUUGACCCUGUCGAGGGUUUGCGCGCACCUGGAGGUCGUGCACAUCGCGUUCUGCGAGGGAGUCUCCGCGGCCGCGGCCGCCGCUCUGCGCGCCACCGGCGUGGAGGUGGUAGUCUUGCCACGAUGA